AUGGCAGAAGCGUCUCGCCAUUUCCCCUCCCCCCCACAUUACCUCGCGUUCAAGUGUGCACUGUGCCCCCACGUGUCCAAGUGCGCCUUGCAGGGCGGUGCAGUGGUGUGCAAAUGUCCCGCUCCCUUCAAGCGUCUGAUCAACAACCGGUGCUCCUCUGAUGAUUAUCCCAACUCCGACUACCUCGACCCACACAAUGCUGCCAGGGCUGCUGUUGGUGCCGUUCCCCUCGAGUGGGACGACGCAGUGGCUGAGAGGGCCCAGGCGUGGGCCGACACUCUCCGCGACGACUAUAACUGCGGGCUGGAGCACGGCGGCAUGGGGGAGGGCGAGGGGCAGAACCUCUCAGGGGCGGGUCCGGCUGGGUGGGCGUCGAACAAUGAUGCAGUGCAGUGGUGGGUGGGCGAGGGCAAGUGGUACAAGCGCCCGCCUGCUGUCUUCCCUGCUGGCUGCAUUGGUGGUGACUGGGGCAGAUGCGGUCACUACACACAGGUGAUAUGGAACAACUCGCGCCAGGUGGGGUGUGGCAAGGCGUCGUGUGGCGAGGACGGUGACGUGUGGGCGUGCAACUAUUACCCUGCUGGCAACUUUGUCGGCGAGAUUCCCUAUGUUCAAGACCCGUGCUUCCGAGCCCUCUGCCCUUCCACGUCCACCUGUGCUGCUGUCAACGGCAAGCCGGUCUGCCUGUGUCCGCGAGGGCAAGUGCUGGUCAACGGCAGCAAGUGCCAAGCAGACCCAUGCAAAGGCGCGGCUCCCUGUCCCGGGGACUUUGUGUGUGAUGGAACAUCGGGUGCGGCCAAGUGUGUGUGCCCCAAGGGAACCGUGCAGAUUGCACCCAAUACGUGCCAGGCGCCUUCGUGCAAGGGAGUGAAGUGCCCGGCCUCUGCUCGCUGCAGGGCGGACAGCAACGGCAUUCCUUUCUGUGCCUGCCCUGCCUCCCAAUCCCUGGUCAACGGAGCCUGCACGAAAGCCGGUCCCCGCACAGUCACCACCAGCAUCGUUCUCUUCAGCCGCCCGUCCUUCGCUGGCACUCCCAUUGUCCUCCGAGGCCCCACUCCCGACACCGACGACGCCACUGGCUGCGUCAACAUCCCUUCUCCCAUGGCCGGGACUGUGGGCUCCCUCAAGAUUCUCUGGGAUGCGCCUGAUGGGGCUAAGGGGAGGAGGGUGGCUUGUGGUUUGAUGUGGUUUUGGAGUGAUGCGGAUUGCUACGGGGAUGCGUCGGGGUGGGACCGGCCGGACAACAAUGUUACCAUUGCCAAGUGA